GCCAUUUCAGCAAUUCGUUCUUGCCAGCGUUGCGUCAAGCAGAGGCGCGUAAGUAGACGAAAAUCUCCGCCACACGCAAUGACGAUAUUGAUGGCUACGACCCCGUUCGUGUGUGAUAGGGGCCGAGCGGUGAACGACGCUUGUAACAAUGGAGUCGCCGAAUAAAAUCUGACAUUGCGUGCCGAUUAUCAUUUACGGAGCAUACUUCAAAAUUAGAUAUAGCCCAUUUAAGGCUGUAUAUGUGAUAUUCAAUGACUGACGUUAUAAAUAAUAUUACGUAACUGUAGGUGGUUAUAUAUUAUUUAUAUUGCUACACUGAACAGCUGUGCGGUGACUGAUGUGUGUCCUAGAUUUAACUAUUAACUAGAUCUAGAUCUAAACGUAAACAAGACGGCUCAAGUCAAAUCUAAGAGAAAAGGGCUAACACUAACAGCAUCAGCUGAACAACAUGGCCAGCCACUGGACUCAUGGAAACAAACAGCUGCUGGAGAAAUACUUGAAUCUGGACCAGCCAGAUGACCAGAUCAUGGCCGAGUAUGUGUGGAUAGAUGGUACGGGUGAGAGCAUACGCAGCAAAUGUCGUACUCUGGACAGUGAGCCCCAGAAACCAGAUGACUGCCCCAUUUGGAACUUUGAUGGUUCUAGCACUUACCAAGCCGAGGGCUCCAACUCAGACAUGUACCUGUACCCAUGUGCUAUAUUCAGGGACCCCUUCAGGGGGGGCAAAAAUAAGUUGGUCUUGUGUGAGGUCUACAAAUACAACAAGAAGCCUGCAGAAACCAACCGCAGGAAGACUUGCAAUGAAGUGAUGAAACAGGCAGCCCACGCCCACCCCUGGUUUGGCAUUGAGCAGGAGUACACACUGUUGGACUAUGAUGGUCAUCCUUUUGGCUGGCCCAAGAAUGGCUUCCCUGGACCACAAGGGCCCUACUACUGUGGGGUAGGAGCUAAUAAAGUCUACGGCAGGGAUGUGGUUGAGGCCCACUACAGGGCGUGUCUGUAUGCUGGGGUCAAGAUCAGUGGAUGUAACGCUGAGACCAUGCCUGCACAGUGGGAGUUCCAAAUUGGACCUAGUGAAGGAAUAGACAUGGGAGACCACCUGUGGAUAGCCCGCUACAUCCUACACAGAGUUGCUGAAGACUUUGGUGUGAUUGUCACCCUUGACCCCAAGCCUAUGGAAGGUGACUGGAAUGGUGCAGGUGCUCAUUGCAACUAUAGCACACAUGACAUGCGGCAGCCAAAUGGCAUCAAGGCCAUUGAAGAGGCGAUUGAGAAAUUGUCCAAGCACCAUGUCAGACAUAUCAAAGCCUACGACCCCAGAGAAGGCAAAGAUAACGAGCGGCGCCUGACUGGGCGCCAUGAGACCUCCAGUAUCCACGACUUCUCUGCUGGUGUUGCCAAUCGUGGGGCCAGUAUACGCAUACCACGACAGGUGGCAGAAGACAGGUGCGGCUACCUGGAAGACAGGAGACCAUCUUCUAACUGUGAUCCCUACUCUGUCACUGAGGUGUUGGUGAGGACCACAGUGUUGUCGGAAUAGGUCCAGGGGAGGUCAUCAAAGAUUUUUCUUCCAAGGGAGGUCAUCACAGCCAACUACUGCCUAGUGGUUUCUCAUUCAAUAUGUGAUCUUCUCAAAUAUGUAAUACAUUUCUGUAGUUCACCUAGAAUGUAAUCAAUUUACAUUGAACCAUGUUACAGUUGUGAUACAAAUUAAAUUGGUUUUGAAUGUUGACAAGGC